AUGCCCCUCCCAACCGCCCCUCCCAGCGAAGUCCUCCCCCUACAAUCUUUCUCCCUCCAAGUCACCGUCCACAUCAAACCCGAAGACCUCGAUGCCUUCCACAAAGCCAUGAACCCCGUCUUCGAAACAGUGUGUAAUGAGCCUGAGCUGUUGUAUUUUGAGAUUUUCCAAGAUCCGGAUUCGCCGGGGACGCUUUCUUGGGUUGAGAAUUGGAGGGGGAGUGUGGAGUGGUUGAUGAAGGUGCAAUUGCAAAAGGAGUAUUAUCGUCCGUAUCUAGAGGCGACGGAGCCGAUGUUUAUCAAGGAGCGGGAGUUUAAGGUGUUGAGGAGGGCACCGGGGUAUGUCAGUGGCAAAAGGGAGAAUUUCAGGGAGGCUUUUGUUGGAGAGCUGAAGGGAUGA